AUGACUGGCAUCGACCUGGGCACCGUAUCUGCGGAGGCUGAGGUGAGAGAGAUGAACGGGGCGAGGUCAAUGGCUCUGUCGUCCCCUAUUAAUUUCUUCUACUUCCUAUCUCAGGUGUCCCCAACUCUCAUUUUCCGCUCAUGGAAAGACUUUGCCCCAAGGAAAUCUGGGGCAACCCGACACCUCUUCUCCCCUCUGUACGUCAGGGGUUGGAUCAGAGAUUUAGCAUGGCCGGCAAAGCUGUUCAGGGCUGCAGAGCCCAUGGAUAAAGUGUCGGGCAGCGGCGAGGAAAGCAGCAGCAGCAGCGCCAUGGAAUCCUUUGUAAAGAACCUUCAAUUGAAACGGAAAAUGGUCAUGGAGCGACGUGCUGUAGAACAGCGGUUCAGGAACGAGCUCAGGGAAAAGAUGAUGGAUGCUCCAUUCGAACCCGAAACAUUCGGUGACCCGGACAGCACCAAGAAACUCUCGGAUUCAAUUAUGAGACGCGGUGUUGUCUCGGUUGCUUUGCUCAGUGAAGACGUGCUGGUAUAUGCAUGCUCCGGUAUAUCCGUAAGCCACACGCAUGCCAAUAUACAAGAUCACCAUACAGUAUUUGUCACUUCGGCGCGUUUGGCCCAGAAAUUUAAUGACAAUAGAACCAGAGAUGAUAAUUUGAGGAUUGAAGUGCGUGCUUCUGAAGGUAGAACUUUACAUGGCUUCUUGUAUCUAUAUGAUGAAAAGAAGGGUAUUGCUAUUGUCACGUCUUUUAGCCUCCAUUACGUGUUCGCUAUGGAUACCUGUAAUCCUUUGGAUCUGCCCGGAGGCACACUCAAUAAUGAUCUAUUCGCAUAUGGCCGUGCCAUCGAUGGUACUUUGAUGGGUGCAAGUUGUUCGCAUCCUGUUUUCAAGGAUAAAGGCACUUCGACAGUCAGUUGUGAGAUAACAGAGAGCGGACAUGGGGGGCCCCUGUUGUAUUUGCCUCCUGGUGGAUCUGAACACAUUGUUGGGCUUAUUGUUAAAUCGGGUCACGGCAAGAUCACCUUUCUAUCCACGAAGCAACUUCAUAACUGGUUGCAGCGUUUUCUAAAGAAAACCAGAAAGAGUAACCACUUUCGUGGAUAUUCCUUGCCUAAAGGUGUAAAAACAGUCAUCCCUUCAGGAUUUAUGGUACGAUCUAAGGUUCUUCAAUCCUUGGGCUAUCCCCUGCCACCGCCACUCCUGUUUGAGCUCAAUGGGAGAUUGACUGGUACGUUUGAAGAGUAUUUUGGCCAACUUCAUUAUUGGAAAGGGUAUCCUUUUCAUACCACGUAUGAUAAUGGCCCAAAUCGUAUCUGGUAUCAACUUGGAGAAAGAGUCACACAGGAAAUUUCCCAAAGUGUUGUCUCAAUUGCUUCAUUUAAGGAUAACACGAGGUGUUUUGCUUGCACAGGCCUGCUUAUAACAGGCAAAGACUGCCCGCUCGUUCUUACUUCGGCCAGUUUGCUCAGGACUGAUGAUGCUGAAGGCGAGAUUGAUGAGAAGUUGAAGAUUGAGGUGUUUCUCCCGCGAAACCAUACUGUGCAGGGGAUACUAGAACUGUAUCAUGAAUAUUACAACAUUGCCGUUGUCAGUCUAAAAAGUGAUCUCACUGUUGCUAUAUGUCCACAAGAUAUCUUGAAUGUCACGGAGUCUAGAAAUACCAAGUCGGUAGGGCGUGCGAGUAUAGGGCGCUCGGUAGUAGCUAUUGGGCGUGGGACUAAAAAAUGCCAUGGAUUAUUGAUGGCCUCAAUGGGUGAAGUGAAGGGUAAAUACAAGGCUAUUACUGAGCGUAAAAGAAAACGGUCUACUGCUCUCGUAAAAAAACCUGAUUGCCAAGACCUUCUUUUGUCCACAUGUCAAAUCAAGAAGGUUGGGAUUGGAGGCCCCCUUAUUGGUUUGGAUGGUAGUUUCAUUGGCAUGAAUUUUUACGAUGAAACUGGAACAACUCCUUUUCUGCCAAGGAAGGAGAUUCUAACAGUUCUGUGCCAAGGGUUUAAUCUGUUAGAAAGUUCUUCUUUGGCCGGUCGUCCUGUGAACAUGGAUUUGUCUCCUAAGACCCGAAUGAGAAAGAGAACCCAGUGGCCUGUGUCCAAGCCAUAUUGGUUUCUUGGUGGUCAAGUACAUCCUCUAGACCAGCUUGUUGGAAAAGUUCUAAUGUAG